GACUGUGCUGACGGCUGGGGGGAAGCGCGGACGGAGGGGGGAAAUUAAAAAAGAACGAAUAAGAAACACCCUAAAGUUCAAGCGAGAAACAAGAGGCGCCCCGAUCGUCCACCUUUCCUCCGGAUAACAACAGCGUCGCGGCUGCGGAAGCGUUAAAAGCGAAAUGUCGGCCCGUCGUCAGUACAGUGAAAGCCGAGCCAUCCCGACCAGGACGGUGCUGAUCAGCGACACAACACAGCUACCUCACGAUUACUGCACCACUCCCGGGGGCACGCUGUUCUCCACCACCCCAGGAGGUACCCGCAUAAUUUAUGACCGCAAGUUCCUGUUAGAUCGGCGCAAUUCGCCGGUCGCGCAGACCCCCCCGGCGCGGCUGCCAGCCAUCCCGGGGGUGACCAGCCCGACUCUCAUCGGCGACAACAAACAGACCGAAGCCACCAAUCAUGCGAACAACCACGACGGGAAGGCGACACUGGGCGAAGAUGCUCAGUUUGAAAUGGACAUCUAAGAAGAGAAGCUGAGAAGAUGCCUUCACCUAGCACCUGCUCGGAAGCACAGGGGCCUGUAUAGACCAACGCCUAUAGCUCUGCUGCUCCAUAGCUGCUCUCUGUCCUUGGUAGCUGGGUGCAAGUUCUGUCUAUUGGGUAGAUGUAGAACCAUAGGUCCCUCACAGUGCGAUAAAUGGGGAAGUCAAAUUUUUCAGGUCAUGUCACGGGCUAGAUUUUAGUGUCGUAUAAUGUAACGCGGCUCGGCUGAUGUGCUCCCUCUCCCCCCAGCCCUGAAUAUCUCACACAGGACAUCCCCAACCCCCCCCCCCCCCCCUGCCCCAAACCACACCACAGUGAGACCAACACCAAGAUCUGAGAAAUCUGCCUUACCAAUGCAAGCUGGUUUAAAAAACCAGUCCUAUCAUUCAUCUCUGGUUCACGAUUAUUGGUGGGGAAAAAAAGAAACUGAAACCCAACAUUGUAUAGGGUGAGAUGUUAUGGAGAGUUUUUACACAGCCGGAUGCCGUUAAGACAAAACUCUGCCAAGUUAAUUCGUUGAUUGCGAAGUGAUCUUAAUCUACUCUUUCUUCCACCUGCAUGCUUGGUUUCCCCUUACUGUACAGACAGGGUGUCAAUCACGGCAAAAUUCGUUCUCCAGUGUAGUCAGCAGCUUACAGCUAGCAGCAUAGCAAGGGUUCGGACAAUGGAAAUGCAACAUACCUGAAUCUUGGGCUGUAGGUCCUUAGUGUAGUGAUUAAGGAAAUCUGGCACGAUAUCCUGCAUUUAUUAUCAGAAAGAGCAGAAUGUUUGUGUCAUUCCAAGCCUAGAAUUUCCCUUUGACCCCCACAGACAUUGAGCCCACUGUUCAGUUUUCUGUUUGGAAUGGCUCCGGUAUUGUUAGGUGUGUUUUUUUUCCCUGGUUUUGCUGUCCAGGCAAUAACACCAGUGACUAUUUGCAGCAGAGUACGGCAUAACAAUGGUCCCAAAAUGGUCUGGAAAACAGUAGAAGGUAUGUGCAGUAUGUGCAACAUGAUUUUAAAAUUACACGUACCGAUGUAUUUCGAUAUGGAUUUAUUGAAAUUUUAAAAUUUUACCCUGUAUUAAAUUUAUCUUAUCUAUACACUGAAGUUACUGCAUUUGAAGUUUGACGCAUUCGAAGACUGGGGUCUAUUCAGUUUAAAGGUAGGCUCAAAGCUGUUUAAGUAAACACAGAAUAUAUAUUCCAGUUUAGCUUUAUUGAUUUAUUGAGGUUUUAAAAAAACGCUGUACUUCCAUCAGUGUGGAUGUUCAAAGUUUUGAUGGAAUUACACUAAAGACUAUUAAUUGAAUUCCGUAGAUGUAGAUGAACUGUAGAAAUCAACUGAAUCCAAGUGAUAUUUUUAAAUUUGGAAAUCUUAAGUAAAUUAGGCAUUAGAUACAAACAGGUUUGGUAUUAUUAAAAUUCACAUUUUGAUUCCAGCUUAUUUUGCAUAUAAAAUUGGGUUAAGAUGUAUAACAUGCAAUUUAAUUUUAAAUUGGUUGAUGACUGUUUCACAGUAAUUCCUGCAGUAUUCAUUUAUUUUCCUUCAAAUUCUAUUCCAUUUCCAUACUUAUGCACUUGUCUUCUAUUUUUGUUUGUCCAUUUUAAAGUGAGUUACUUUUUUUCUUUGAAAUAUGUCCAUUCCAUGUGCUGUAAAACCAUCGAAAUUGCUUUGAUAUUGUAGUUCAUUCUCAGUUACCAAUAUAAAUUGAUCAGGUCAGAGGUUGUGCUCAUUGUUUUACAGAACUGUGGAUAUGUCUCCAAAAUGAUUUAAUAUAAAAUAAUGCCACACAUUAGUGCUUGUCUGGGUUUUGGUUGCCUAGUUACCUACCAAGAUAGACAGAAUGUUCCAGGUUGUAUGUUGGUCUCCUCCCACUCAAAAAAAAAUAAAUAAAUAUCCAAAUUUAUGGUUUUACUUUGCAGUCAGGGAAGUGAACUAUGUCAUGUUUAAUUUGUACAAUGUGAACUAAGCUCCACCCUUGUAGGUUUACAGUAACUCGAUACAGAAAAUAAAAUGUAAAUAAUGUAUCUUACAUCCACCUUGAUGUAAGAUACCAUGGAUUCUGCAUCAUGCAAUAAAUGGCAAGCUACAAUUUUGACAAAUGAUACAUUUUUUUUCAAUUAAAUUAAACAUUGAACAAACCCUUUUAAAAAGCAAUGUUCUAGAAUCAUUAUUAAAAUACAGAUGUUUGAGACUUAAAUAUUGGGCCUUUUAUCAUUGAUGGCUGUCUGUGAUUUUGAAUUCGACCAUUGAGGCUUUAUUGCGUCACUUUCACAACUUUUUUUUAUAUUACAUCCCAUUGUUUUCUUCUCAAAGAAUUAUUUUUUUUUGUAGUUGAAUAUGUUGGAUAGUUUGUCAACUGGCAAAUCAUUGUUUUUCAUCCAGUGUGAUUUGCAUACUGUGCACAACUGAAGCAUUUUGAAGGCUUGGUAUUUCUUUUGUUCCUUGAGGAGCUCAGAUUAAGUGCAUAAAGCGUCACAUUCAACCCUGGGGAACUUGAUCUGACAGCAUUUUCGCAAUACCGCCAACUACCGGUGCACUGUGCUUCCUGUUCCAUAUUUAAAUAUUUCCCUUUUGGGUGUCAAACAGAAUUUCAGUUGUCACUCUAACACUGCUGUGCAAGAUAUUGCUUAGCUAAUGGUACAAAUUCAUGUUAAGUAGUUUUCUAAUAUUUUAAGAUUUCCUGUAGAUGCUGGCAUCUGAAAAUCAAGGGACAUUAACUGUGAAUCACCACAGGGCUGCACCGCAUAAGUGCUUGGAAGCUUGGAGGGAUUAACAUAAAAUUUUUCUUGGAGUGAUUGCCAUAAAAAGCUAAAUAAUACUGCUAUCCAGUAUAUGUAAACCCUGAAGAUUUCACAGAAUUAUACGCAUGCUUCUUGUAUUGUUCCCCCAAAAAAUGCUCCUCAAUUCUUGAACCCAUCUCUCAUUUUUUUUAUUCAGUAAACUCGUUUGCUGAACAACGGAUAAAAUGACACCUUAAAUUUUCUGACCUUUUUUUUCUCUUCUGUCAAAGAUAAGUCAGUCACUAACAUCACGAACCCGUAAAAUAAAUCAUCCCUUUUCAUACAUAAGCCAAGAAUUGUCCAGAACCUUGUCAGAUCUUUAGUGCCUGUCUAUUCUAACCCACAUGUUUCCUGUAGUUACGUCAUAAGAGAUGUGAAAAAUCUAACAGUCCCAGAAUUCACAUCCAAAUCUACUCCGUCAGUAUGUUUACAGGUAAAAACUUUGCAUGUAGUGUUUUGUAUUAUGUCACCUUCCUGCUUAUUUGAACUGAAAGAAGACAGAUAUAUUGAUUAUGUAACAGAUCUAAGUAUAUCGUGUCACUAGGUGGAAAGAUUUACUAUGUAUUAUAUAUUUUUUUUGCAGAUUUAAUGAUAAAUUUUAAAAGCACAUUUGAGAAUUUCUGCCAAAAUUAUCAUCAUAUAAUCAAUUUGUAAUUAAUCAACAUCUUAAAGAAUUGACAUGGUUAUAUAGUUUUACAGAUUCUUCAGGAAUACCUCUCAUUUGCUCAGAAAUGGCAGGCAGCUCAAUGGGUUGACACGCAAAAAUUGUAGCAGUUUGGCUUGGGUUGCAUUCAAAUUAAAGAUACAUAUUAUAUUAUGAACUACUGUAUAUUCAGUUCUUGCUGUGUAACAGUUACAUGAGUCACAUGACUUUUGGCAGCUGAGAUGUCAGUUGAGAUGUGAAUAUUUCAAAAUAGCAGCUGAAGUUUCUUAGCGUAUCCCCCAAAUUGUUAUAUUGAUGCCAGUAGUUUUGUAGUGUUUCCUAAUUCAGUCCUUGGGGACCCACAGCAGUCCACGUUUUUGCUCCAGAAGCUGGGAGGGGCAAAAAUGUGGACCAGAUGUGGGUCGCUGAGGACUGGCUUGGGAGAUACUUGUGUAUCUCUGCUUCGGAGUAUACUUCUGUUUACCUGUUUAUUAAGAACAGCAGCCUUGUAGUUCUAAAAUUAACAAAUUGUCUUAUUAGUAAAAAAAAAUAUCUUUAUAGAAAUAUAUAUUACACUUAACCAAUAAAUCACGCCACUGCAAAAGAGACAACUUUAAUCCACAGUCAGGGAUAUGAUGGAAGUUCUGUUGAACAAACUGUUUUAAUGUCCUUCGGCCGUAAAUACAUGUGGAAUAACUACCUCUUCACAGUUUUCUCCGCUAGAGCUUAUUGUGGGUAUAAAAUGGCAUUACAAAGCUUUCUGAUUCACAUUCUCAAUACCUGGAAAAGUAACAAGAUGCGUUUGGCUAUUCUGUAGUUGUAGUAUAAAAAAAAAAAUCAAAAAUAUGAUCAGAAAGCUCUCUGAGUUUAGCCAUUUACUGAUGCCGGGUGCAAAGGCUGAGAAAACAAGAACAGGGUAUUAUUAUAGAAGCUAUUGUGACACAGUGGUCUGAUACAUGGUUAUUUUUGCAACCAUUGUAUUUUUUUCCAAUAAUUGUCACUAUUGCCUCAGUGGAGUAUCAUCCAGUAUUAAUUCAUCAUCAUGCCCAUUUGCAACAGUUCAUUCUCAUUUAAAUACUUUGCUGUACUUGUAAAUAUUUCUAUCUUUCUAGAUCCCAUUGCUGCCUGUAAACCUAGGGCUGAGGACAGGAUUUGUUUGAGAGGCUAAAUGGGUAUAAUUUUCACACACCAAUAAUGAACUGCAUGCAGCAUAUAGAAACAUGUUAACAUUGUUGAAGACUCCGAUUGGCAUUCAGUCACUCGGCUGGCUUUUAAAUAAUUUAACUAACUUUCAGAAAGUAAGAAAAUGCUUCUCCAGUCACUAUAUCACUGGACAUGUCUUAAUUUCUGAGAAUUAGCAAAAAUUCUCUGCCUCAGAAGCAUAAAAUUUGUAUUUUUGUAUUGAGUAUUUGGAAGUGAUAUGCAGACCAGCUGGUAUGAUGUUUAUAAUAAUUAGUAAUUUCUUAUAAUCUGGGUUUUAAUGCCUAGUCUUCAAAAC